GUGGGAGGUUUCCUCUCUCUGCACGCACGGCACGCACAGUCCCGGACGCGUUUUGGGCGAGCACACGUAAGUGGAAACUGUUGCGUUUCAUGUCAAUCCAUCAGCUGAUCGGACAUCACGCGCGCGCAAACAAGUGUUUUUCAGUCGAGGGGCGCGUGCGUGUUCCGCUCCAGCUGUAAAAACGGACGGCGUGUGUGCGCAGAUCGCGCUUCCGCCUCCGUCCUCUGCAGACGGUUGAUCUGCGGACACGAAUACCAUGGCCUCUCCUCUGCAGAGUCUGGUCACCGAUGAUGACCGGUACCAGACAGCCUUCCAGCUGUUCCUGCAGCGCUCCUCCGAGCACCAGUGCAUGCUGGACUUCAUCCACGCGCAGCUGCCAGACAUCCUCGACAGCGUGGGACACGGAAAGCCCCACCUGAACGUCAUUGGAGUUGGAAGCGGCGCAGGUCAGAUUGACCUGGAGAUGCUCUCUGAGCUCCACCUGAAGCACCCCGCGGCCACCGUGGAUAACGAGGUGGUGGAGCCCAGCGCCCAGCAGCUGCACAACUACAAAGUUCUAGUGGGUCAGAAACCAGAGUUGAGCUUCGUUAAAUUCAGCUGGAACCAGAUGACGGCCGCCCAGUUUGAGGAGCACUGGAAGCUGAAGAAGACGAUGAAGAAGGCAGACUUCAUCCACAUGGUUCAGAUGCUGUACUAUGUGAAAGAUCCCGGAGCGACCAUCAGCUUCUUCCAGCAUCUGCUGGCUGAGAAGGGAAAGCUGCUCAUCAUCCUCGUGUCUGGCCAGAGCGGUUGGGGGAAGCUGUGGCGGACCUACCGGCACCAGCUGUGCAACACGGAGAUCAGUCAGUGCGUGACCACAGCAGACAUCAAGAGCUUCCUGGACUCCACAGGAGUGAGCUACCGGAGCUACGAGCUGCUGUCCCAGCUGGACAUCACCGAGUGUUUCACCGAAGGAGACCCAACCGGAGAGCUGCUCCUGGAUUUCCUGACAGAGGUGUUGGACUUCAGUAAAACGGCUUCGCCGGAGCUGAAAGCCGGAGUUCUGGAGCUGCUGCGGCACCCGGACUGCAGCGUGGAGAACCAGGGCCGAGUGAUCUUCAACAACAACCUCGGAGUCUUAGUGAUAGAUCACCAGAGCUGAAGCUGCUCUCCAUGAAAACGACAUCUGUGGUAAUGAUAGGAAAGAUCAAUGACUUUAGAUUGAUUUAUUCUAGAACACGUGUCAAAGCCAAGGCCCGGGGGCCGGAUCCGGCCCUCCAGGUCAUUUUAUUGUUAUUAAUAACCCGAUGUUAUCUUGAGCUCAUUUCUAACUUGUAUAAUUUUG